UAUUGACAGUGACAGUUAACGUCACGUGAACGAAUUGAUUUGAUUAAUGUUCCACAAGAAAAAGUAACAAGUAAUUGAGUUUAAUCAAGAUUUAAUUUAAAUUGUACAGGGUAAUCAUAACUGGACAACUAAUAAACCGUUCCUAAUUAAUAUCCAAACAAUAAUACGUGCGUUGUUUGUGGAAAAAUUAUUUGUUGCUUUUUUAUAUUUGAAGUGUUGUAAUGAAAAUGUCGACACUAGUUGGUGUAAAAUGUUUUUGGAGCCUUGUGUUAUUUUUAGGGCUCUUUGUAGUUACUUUCAAAGACAGCUAUGCAAACGAAGAUGUGCCAUUAUCCAAACUUAGCCAAAAUAUCGGAACACCGACACUUAGAAUUUUAUACUGUUAUUCUUGCGGUUAUAAAAAAAUGUUCGACCAAUACUCAACAAUAAUAAACCAAAAGUAUCCGUAUAUUCUAGUCGAUGGUGGUAAUUACGACCCUCCUGGAUUCAAUAUGUUCAUCGCUAAAGCAAUAGGUUGGAUCAAAAUGGCCAUAAUACUCUGCAUCCUGGCCAAAAUAAACGUGUUUGAAUACAUCAAUCAACCAAGGCCGUCUUGGUGGGACUGGUGUACGGAGAACCGAUUGUACGCAUGCAUGAUGUUGUUCUUUCUCUGCAAUAUUUUAGAGGGGCAACUAAUUCAAUCUGGAGCAUUCGAAAUUUCGCUCAACGACGUUCCCCUGUGGUCGAAAUUGGAAACUGGCCGAAUUCCCCAGCCCGCGGAAUUGUUUCAGAUCAUCGACAGCCACAUGCAGUUCGACAGCAAAAUAGAGUUGAACAAUUUCGCAAAGUAAAAUCACGAUAAUAAAGACCUGUAAAUUGUAGAUUAAUAAUAAGACACUUUUCCUUCUUUUUGUAUAUUUACAUUCGAAGAGAUAUAUGUAGACACGGUGAAUACAAUACGAGACUUGUAAAGUUACUAUUAUUAUUAUUGUUAUUAUUGGUUGAUUGUGUUUAGUUUUAAUCUCGAAUGAUUAUAUGGUAAUGUUUGUCGUUCGAUUGGUUAUGAAUUGUAAUACAGGUUAAGACAGACGGUGAUUUUGGUG